AUGGUGAGAGCUCCUUGCUGUGAGAAGAUGGGAUUGAAGAAAGGGCCUUGGACCCCUGAAGAAGAUCACAUACUUGUCGCUUACAUUCAACAGUAUGGGCAUGGCAACUGGCGAGCUCUGCCAAAACUAGCUGGCUUGUUGAGGUGUGGAAAGAGUUGUAGACUCAGAUGGACAAACUACUUGAGGCCGGAUAUCAAAAGAGGGAAUUUCAGCAGGGAAGAAGAAGACGCGAUCAUCAACUUACAUGAAAUGCUAGGAAAUAGAUGGUCAGCAAUUGCAGCGAGAUUGCCGGGUCGUACAGACAAUGAAAUUAAAAACGUCUGGCACACCCACUUAAAAAAGAGGCUCAAACAAAACCAACCCACCACCUCAGAAACCAGAGCGCACUUCUUCUCCACAAAAACUGAACAAGAGCCAGAGCCCAGUGAAAAAUCUGAGAGCUUGGAUUGUGGGCCAGCAUCUCCUCCUCAAUGCACCUCAAGUGACACGUCAUCAGCCACCACAAGCGACAACAACAGCAACAGCAGCAACAACGACAAGACAUGCAUGGAGUUUGAUGGCUACGCAGCAAACUUACCAGAGGCUGAUGAGAGCUUCUGGUCGGAGGUAUUGUCGGCUGAGAAUUCUGAUCAGAUGGUGGACCAGUUUCAGGCCAUUGGUGGUGUCCCAAGAGUUGGUGUCGGCCCUGCUGAUAAUGGGUUUUGCUUAGAUAUGUAUGACGAUAACAGCAUGGAUUUUUGGCUCAAUAUUUUCCCAGGGGCGGAUGAAAUUCCAGAGUUAUUAUUAGGUAUUUGA